CAUCACUCAACUAUAGCCUCUAUUUCUUUUUGUUUUUCUUUUUCAGUUGGUACCAACAACACCUUCACCAUGAGACAAGAUGGAAAUCCGUUAGACCUUAACAAUCUGCCUGAUGACAACAACUCAAGUAGAGAUCAUCAUCAUGCUAAACAACUUCUUCCUAACACCACCUCCUUACAACCAGCUGUUACAGGUAAUAAGGAAAAAGAAGGCGGCGAAGAAGAUGAUGAUGAUGAUAGAAAAGACGGGAAGGUUUAUGAAUGUAGAUUUUGUUCCCUCAAAUUCUGCAAGUCACAGGCUCUUGGGGGACACAUGAACCGUCACCGCCAAGAGAAGGAAACAGAGAAAUUGAACAAUGCUCGUCAGCUGCUCUUACGUAAUGAUCACAAUCUUGUUGCUCAAGCUGCUCUUCACCUAGGAUGUUAUCCACCAAUAGCAACAGCAGCAGGGUAUAAUCCAGCAGGUAACAUAGGAGAUUAUCAUCAUCACCCAACAAUGCCUCUAAGAUUCCCAACAUCCUUCUCUGCAGCAACAGCAGCAGCAGCUUCAUCAUCCUCAAUCCAAGUACCACCACAACAACCAUCUCAUCAAGUUCAACAAUAUUUAUAUGCUUCACCUUCAAGACCCACCAUGUCUUUCCCAACACAUUUGAUUCCUCAGCAUCAUCAAAUAAAUGAUUACCGCCGUAUGACUCAUCAUGUUAUGAGUAACAACAACAGCCACCACAACAUGAACUAUGUUGCUGCUGCAAGUGCAAGUGGCGGUGAGUCAAGUUACACGUGCAUAGGUGCACCGGUUGGACAAGGUUUUCUUCCAGAUCAUCAUACUUCAACAACGAUCAAUCGGUUUCAAGAGUGAUAUAUAUUUUUGUGUUGUUAUCUGUAAUGUAUCCAGAGAGAGAGAAAGAGAGAGAUGAUUAAUUAAUAGUACUGCUAGCUAUAGUAUGGUGCAUGGUGACAGAUAUAGCUAGCUAGGGUUAUGACUCAUCAUGAGUAAGGAGAGAUAACAACAAAAAACAGUAACUAGGGUUGCAGCUUUUGAGAUCAUUCACAACCUCAGCUACUUUGGCAUGGAGCUGUGGGAAUGUCUUUUGUAUGUUGGUU